CUUCACGCAUGCGCAGAAGCUGCGUGUGGUGGUUUGCGUUUUGAUAUGGCCCUUAGGCCCUGCCGUACCGUCUGCGCGGCCCUCCGCGUCCCAGCUCCGCGGCGCGUCUGCCCCCCGUGGGCCCUGUCAUGAACGCCGAGAACUUCGCGGCGGGCGAACGGCGAGUGUCGCCGGCCUACGUGCGGCAGGGCUCUGAGGCCCGGCGUGCGCACGAGCACCUCAUCCGUCUGCUUCUAGAGCAGGGCAAGUGUCCAGAGGAUGGAUGGGAUGAAAGUACAGUUGAACUCUUUUUACAUGAGCUUGCAAUCAUGGACAGCAACAAUUUCCUGGGUAAUUGUGGUGUGGGAGAAAGGGAAGGGAGAGUGGCCUCUGCCUUGGUCGCUCGUCGUCAUUACAGGUUCAUUCAUGGAAUUGGGCGAUCUGGUGAUAUCUCUGCUGUGCAACCCAAAGCUGCAGGCUCUAGCCUUUUGAACAAAAUUACCAAUUCUUUGGUGCUUGACAUCAUAAAGUUGGCUGGUGUCCAUUCAGUGGCCAAUUGCUUUGUAGUUCCCAUGGCAACUGGUAUGAGUCUAACCCUGUGUUUCCUAACAUUACGGCACAAAAGACCAAAGGCAAAGUAUAUCAUAUGGCCACGGAUAGACCAGAAGUCCUGCUUUAAAUCCAUGAUCACUGCAGGUUUUGAGCCUGUGGUGAUAGAAAACAUUCUGGAAGGGGACGAGCUGCGCACAGAUCUGAAGGCAGUCGAGGCCAAAGUCCAGGAGCUUGGGCCUGAGCACAUUCUGUGUGUUCAUUCUACUACGUCCUGCUUUGCUCCCAGGGUGCCCGAUAGAUUAGAAGAGCUGGCUGUGAUUUGUGCUAAUUAUGACAUUCCACAUGUAGUCAACAAUGCUUAUGGAGUACAGUCUUCAAAGUGCAUGCAUCUCAUCCAGCAGGGCUCUCGGGUUGGUAGAAUUGAUGCUUUCGUUCAGAGCGUGGACAAAAAUUUUAUGGUUCCAGUAGGUGGCGCUAUAAUUGCUGGCUUUAAUGAUGCCUUCAUUCAGGAGAUCAGCAAGAUGUAUCCAGGAAGAGCUUCAGCUUCGCCUUCCCUGGACGUCCUUAUUACUUUGUUAUCACUUGGAUCGAAUGGCUAUAAGACGCUGUUAAAGGAGAGAAAGGAAAUGUUUUCAUAUUUGUCCACUCAACUAAAGAAGUUAGCAGAGGCCUACAAUGAGAGACUGUUGCAGACACCUCACAACCCCAUAUCGCUAGCUAUGACACUUAAGACACUGGAUGAACACCAUGACAAAGCUGUCACUCAGCUUGGCUCGAUGCUUUUUACCAGACAGGUUUCUGGAGCCAGGGCUGUGCCUCUUGGGUCUGUGCAAACCAUGAGUGGCCACACUUUCCAAGGCUUCAUGUCCCACGUGGAUAAUUACCCCUGUGCCUACCUCAAUGCUGCAGCAGCCAUCGGGAUGAAGUCACAGGAUGUGGACCUGUUCAUAAAGAGACUUGGCAAGUGCCUAAAUGCAUUAAGAAAAGGACAAAGUAAAGUGAGUGGCGUGUCUGGCAUUGAUAGUUGUGACAAAGCUGAAGACAUUGACGAAAUGGCUUUAAAACUAGAUAGUGUACUUUGUGACAUGGACCAGCAUACUUCUUCAUGACAUGGACUUCUUUUUGCUACUGUAAAAGCAGCUUAAAGGCCAGACUUGAGAUUUUUGAAUUGAGAAUUUUAUAGAGAAUAUUCAGUGAAGGAAGUGACUGUGAUCUGCAGUAGUUGUUGGUGAUUGCUGGUUUUUAUUCUUACAAUGCCCCAAUCCUUGCAAUUGUUAACAGGUUAUAUAACGUGUAGUUAGCAAUUUCUAAUUAUUAGAAUAUUUAUCAGUUAAACAACAUGAUUCAGGUCAUUCUUGCUAAUAUAAACCAUGAAAUUACAGCUGAUUCUCUUUGAAAUGUAGAGUGCUUCUUCCCAGCCAUUCUCAACAUUCGCAGAUUUUUUGUUUCUGAUCACACAGACUUGAGAAAGAUCUCUUUGUAAUGCUGCUAAGUCCUGGAUAUUUGUUUAGUUGUCUCUGUGCCAGUAGAUGGGACAUUCCCAAGGACAGAGCCAAGGUAUUAAUUUAGACUUAGGGGCAGUUUAUUCUCAACUGGGACUGAUUUGAUUCCACAUGAGCAACACAGAAGGACACUUUCGGCAACCCAACGUUAGUUGCUGUUGACACCGAGUGCCAGAGGCCCUUGGUGCAGCUCAGCAUUUUACCAUGCCAAGAAAUUUCCAUACAAGAGUUACGCAGGUCAAAAUAGCAGUGGUGCUGAGUUCCAGUAAGUGAACUCCUCAGUAAAGAGAAGUUUUUCAGAUCACUUUAUUCAGUAGUUCAGCCAUGUGCUGUAUAAUGGCAUUGCUACCCACAGUAGGCUGCAUGGAAGGUGGUGGUCCCGUCACAUCCUAUCACCUGGCAAUGUCCUGGCCAUCUUGGUUUGUAUAAGUACAUGUCAUACUGUUCACACAACUUUGAGAUCUGCUAUCUACCUUUUUUAAGACCAUGUUUCUGUUAAAUGACUUGUGAUCGUACGUCACGAAAAGCUCAAUGUGUGAUACUGCAUAGAGAAACAUGCCAUUAUAUAUUACUUAAUAUAGCACCUGCUCAUUUUUCCAAGUGAAACUUUAUUCUACAAACUGUCUCGGCUUAGAGUAGCCUUUGUACAUUGACUUGUGCCCUCAGGUGUCCUGUGCAGCCAGUGUCAGGACUGGCUAUAUUUGUAGUUUUGAACAUGUUCUUGCUAAGGAGGUCAAAAUAAUACAGCAUGAAAAACAUGUA